ACCCUGUACCUGCAAUGUUGCUGGCAGCUUGGACACUUGUGACCCCCACAGUGGGAACUGCCCCUGCAAAGAGAAUGUAGAAGGCAGCCUGUGUGACAGAUGCCGCCCAGGUACAUUCAACCUGCAGCCCCACAACCCGGCAGGCUGCAGCAGCUGCUUCUGUUAUGGCCACUCAAAGGUGUGUGCCCCUGCUGCCGGCUUCCAGGCACACCACAUCCUCUCAGACUUCCACCAUGGAGCUGAUGGCUGGCAGGCCAGAAGCAUGGGGACACCAGAGUAUCCUCUGCAAUGGAACCGGAGCGGGAUUCUUCUGGGCCUGCAAGGAGGGGAGGGACUCUCAGCACCAGAGAAGUUCCUGGGAUAUCAGAGACUCAGCUAUGGACAGCCAGUCAUACUGACCCUCCAAGUACCACCUGGGGGCUCCCUACCUCCUGUGCACCUGAGACUGGAGGGGGCAGGCUUGGCUCUGGUUCUGAGGACCUCCAGUCCACCCAGUCCUCAGGACACCAAGCAGCCAGGCCAGGUUCAGCUCUGGUUCCUCCUGCAGGAGACCUCUGAGGAGGCAGAUUCCCCACUGCCUGCCUUCCACUUCCAGCGGCUGCUUGCCAAUCUGACUGCCCUGGAUAUCUGGACCAGGGGCCAAGGCCAGGACCAUUCUGGCCAAGUGUUCCUGCGUGAAGUCCAGCUCACAUCAGCCCGGCCCCAGAGAGGGUUUGCUCCACCAGUCUCUUGGGUGGAGAGUUGCUUGUGUCCCCAGGGAUACACAGGCCAGUUCUGUGAAUCCUGUGCUCUGGGAUACAAAAGAGAGAUACCUCAUGGGGGUCCUUAUACCAACUGCAUCCCCUGCACCUGCAACCACCAUGGCACCUGUGAUCCCAACACCGGGGUCUGCCUGUGUGGCCACCACACCGAGGGGCCAUCCUGUGAACGCUGCGUGCCAGGUUUCUUUGGCAAUGCCUUCUCAGGCCAUGCUGAUGACUGCCAGCCCUGUCCAUGCCCUGGCCAGUCAGCCUGUACCACCAUCCCAGAGACUGGAGAGGUGGUGUGCACACACUGCCCCCCUGGUCAGAGAGGACGGCGCUGCGAGACCUGUGAAGAUGGCUUUUUUGGGGAUCCUCUAGGACUCUCUGGAGCCCCCCAGCCCUGCCACCAGUGCCAGUGCAGUGGGAACGUGGAUCUCAACGCUGUCGGCAACUGUGAUCCCCAUUCUGGCCACUGUUUGCGCUGCCUAUACAACACAACAGGGGCCCACUGUGAGCAUUGUCUGGAUGGUUUCUAUGGGAGUGCCUUGGCCACCAGGCCCGAGGACAAAUGUGCUCCCUGCAGCUGUGACCUGAGGGGCUCAGCCAGUAAGAAGACACCCUGCAACCCAGUGACUGGUCAGUGUGCCUGUCUGCCUCAUGUCACCGGGAGGGACUGCAGCCACUGCAGCCCUGGCUUCUAUGAUCUCCAGUCUGGGAGGGGCUGCCAGAGCUGCAAAUGCCACCCACUCGGCUCCUUGGAGAACAAGUGUCAUCCCAAGACUGGUCAGUGCCCCUGCCGACCUGGUGUCACAGGCCAAUCCUGUGACAGAUGCCAGCUGGGUUUCUUUGGCUUCUCCAUCAAGGGCUGCCGAGACUGUAGGUGCUCCCCACUGGGUGCUGUCUCAUCUCAGUGCCAUGAGAACAGUACAUGUGUGUGCCGCCCAGGCUUCGUGGGCUACAAGUGUGACCGCUGCCAGGACAACUUCUUCCUCUUGGAUGGUGACACAGGGUGCCAGGAGUGUCCCACCUGCUAUGCUCUGGUGAAGGAGGAGGCAGCCAAGCUGAAGGCCAGGCUGAUACUGAUGGAAGGGUGGUUGCAGGGGUCCGAUUGUGGCAGCCCCUGGGGACCACUAGACAUUCUGCAGGGAGAAGCCCCUCGGGGGGAUGUCUACCAAGAUCACCACCUACUUCAAGAGACCCGGGAAGUCUUUCUGGAGCAGCUGGUGGGCCUGGAAGGUGCCAUGAAGGCCUCUUGGGAGCAGUUGCAGGUGCUGAGAGGGAGUACCCGCUGUGCCCAGCCUGGAGCUCAGAAGACCUGUGUCCAGCUGACAGAGCUGGGAGAGACAUUGCAGUCCUCAGAGGAGGAGGUCCUGCGUGCAGCCUCAGCUCUUUCAUUUCUGGUGAGUCUUCAGGAAGGAUCCAGCCCACCCACCAAUUGGAGCCAUCUGGCAUCAGAGGCCCAUAUCCUUGCCAGUAGUCACAGGGACACAGCCACCAAGAUCGAAGCCGCUGCACGAAGAGCCCUGCUUGCCUCCAACACCAGCCAUGAGUGCCUGUGGGACCUGCUGAGAGGGAGGGAGGCCUUGGCAGCCCAGCAGGAACUGGAGGACAGGUACCAGGAGGUGCAGGCAGCACACACUGCCCUCGGCACAGCUGUGGCAGAGGUGCUGCCCAAAGCUAAGAGGGCACUGACCACUGUGAAGCAAGUCACUGGUGACGCUGCCCUACGUCUGUUGUCACUGGUCACCCCUGGAGCAAUGAACUCCCAAGCCAGAAAUCUGGACUGGAAAGUGAAGGCCCUGGAGCAGAAGCUGGCUCAGAAGGAGUGCCAGGCAGUCCAGGCUGUAGGAGCCCUGCAGGCGGAGGCUGGGGCAGCCCUGAAGAAAAUGGAGCCCUUCAUGCAGCUACGCUACAAGACCACAGCUGCCCUGACACAGGCUUCGUCAUCUGUCCAAGCUGCCACACUGACCGUCAUAGGAGCCACGACUCUGCUAGCUGACCUCGAGGGAACAAAGCAGAGGUUUCCUCUGCCCAAGGAGCAGGAGGUGCUGAGAAGGAGAGCAGGCAGCAUCAGGGCCAGGCUCCUGGAGCACUCGAAGAGGAAGACCAAGCAGGCAGAGAGGAUGCUGGGAAAUGCUGCAGCUCUCUCCUCCAGCGCCAAGAAGAAAAGCAAAGAAGCAGAACUGAUGUCCAAGGACAACGCCAAGCUGGCCAAAGCUUUGCUGAGGGAGGGGAAGCAGGGCCACCGUCGUGCCAGUAGACUCGCCAGUCAGACCCAGGCCACACUCCGCCAGGCUUCUCGGCUAGUACUAACCUCAGAAGAGCGCAAACAGGAACUGGAGGAGGCUAAGCAGGUGGCCUCUGGGCUGAGCACAGUGGAGCGCCAGAUCCAAGAAUCUCGAGGCUCUUUGGUGAAGGACGUCAAGGUCCUGUCAGAGCUGCUCACCAAGCUGGGGUCCCUGGAUACCCACCAAGCUCCUACUCAGAUCCUGAAUGAGACCCAAAGGGCUCUAGAAAGCCUGAGGCAGCAACUGGGUUCACAUGGAACCCUGCAUCGCAAACUGAGGGAGUUGGAGCAAGAGUCUGCACGGCAGGAGCUGCAGAUCCAGAGCUUUGAGAAUGACCUUGCUGAGAUCCGCGCUGACAAGCACAACCUGGAGACCAUUCUGAGCAGCCUACCAGAGCAAUGUGCCAGCUAGACCCUGGCACACCCUCCCCACCUUGCUGUUUCCUGCCCACUCCCCAUAGGUGUCCCGGGUCGGCCUUCUGUGUGCUCAUGUGAAUGACCACACUUGCUUACUGGUAUGUCCAGACCGUCUUCAGUGUGAGCAGCAGGAGUGAGUCCAUGUUCACAACUCCACACAGAUGGCACUGUGUGCAGCCCUACAUAUGCAUCAGCACACAUACCCCCAGCAUCAUAGAGCUGUCAAGACGCAGCCAUGAGCUUGGACACACUUUGCAUCCUGGGUGAAUCCCAUUAUGAGAAAUUCCCUGACUAUCUAAACACCCCCUCCAGAGAGUAGAGCUCCAAAGCUGAGAGGUUAUCCACAGAGAUCUUGAGAAGGCAAAUCCCACACCCAUGGUCACAGCGCUGGCCUUGGGCCUACUAUGCUCCCACAUCGCCCACUGGUCACCCAGCAGCUUAAAGAACUGAGGUGCUGGGCAGAUCAAGAAAUGCCAAGACUCUAACAGGAUUUAGAGGUGGCAUCCAAGUGUGGCCUGAAAGGCCCACAAGGCAAGACACAGAUGUCAUUGUCUUUUGUGGACUCUUCCCUCCGUGGAUCUGGAUCUGCCGCAGACUCACUGAAGGAAGUCUCUACCCACACCCAUCCCCCUCUGUCUCCUGAUCUACCUGAAGAACCAGGUUCUUCAGAGUCUGGGUCAUGAGGCCUCAAGCAGGCUCUAGGAACAGCCCUCUGUGCCCUGCUGACCUGGUUAGUCUU